AUGAUACGCGAGUGCGAUUCUUCCGAGUACGACCUAUGGAGGGAGGCUGCUGGAGGGAAGAAGAAGGAUCGAGUCUACAAGCUCAAGCCACAGGGAUUGGAGCUGGAGCUGGAGGCCAACAUAGAGGCCAAGUUGAAGGCCGAUUUAGAUUCCUUUCCACAAUGGAUGAGGGGGCGUGACAAGACAGCGAUAACAUUGGAGGAGGGGGAAGCGGCGAAGGUUUUCAACAGCUCACUAUAUGUGAGCUUGGAUGAAGUAACGAAAGCAAAUCUCUUCUACUACUUUGUAGAAUCAGAGAGAAACCCUAGAGAGGACCCUCUUAUUCUAUGGCUCACAGGAGGCCCCGACUGCACGUCCGUUUACGCUAUGUGCCCAAUUCGAUUCAAGAUUGCCCCCUAUGAUGGAAUUCUACCUACGUUAGUAUAUAAUCCUUAUACUUGGACAAACUUUCAGAUCUCCAACAUUAUCUUCUUAGACAGGCCUGCCUUUUCUGGAUUCUCAUUCUUAAGAAAUGUUGAAAAGUAUAACGGAGAUGACAUUAGAUCUUCAAAAGAAAUCUACAAUUUUCUUAGGAAGUGGUUUUUGGAUCACCCGCUUUUUCUCUCAAAUCCUUUCUAUGUUGGGGGCAAUUCAUACGGUGGCAAGCUGGUACCAAUUGCGGCUUACAGCGUAGCUGAAGGAUGGAUAACUUUUUUACUCCAAGAUGCCAAGGGGAAUCUGGCAGGCCAGAGACGGUUAAUGCAGCUGAGGCAGACAGAUACAUAUGCCAGUUAUCUUGCUUACCACUGGGCAAACCACAAUGACACCAGAGUUGCUCUCCAUGUCAAGGAGGGGACCGUGAAGGAAUGGCAGAUCUGUGAAGCUGACUUCAACUACGAAGUUAAACUUAUCAAUAGCAGCAUACCUUAUCAUCAUGCUUUAAUAAGCAGAGGAUACCGAUCUCUGGUUUUCAGUGGCGACCAUGAUUUGGUUGUUCCAUUUUCUGGAACAAUGGAAUGGAUAGAUUCUUUCAACUUGUUGGUCAACGAGCCGUGGCCUUCGCGGCCUGUUGCCGGCCAAGUUGGAGGGUGAGUUACUGAGAACUGUGAAGGCUAAUUUUCUUACUUAUUAUUCUACUAAUUCUCACACUACUUUGAUUAUUUGUAUUUAUUUUAGAAACACUGUGAUAUACUCGAACAGUUUAACGUUUGCAACUGUGAAGGUAAAAGGUUAUUCCAUCUUUUUGAAUUUAGAGAAAUAGGUAAUUACUUGUUUUUUUUUUCCUACACGGUGGCGGUCAUGAGCCGUCGAAUUAUGGAAACCGCUGCCAUUUUUUUAUAGGUGGAUUUCUGAUAAACCUUUGUAACUUGAUAUGAUUGUAGAAUUUAUGUUGAUUGGAAGGGAGGGAUAUCUAAAUUGUUUUGAUGGAAGAAAAGAGUGGUUAACAAGAGGUGAAGUGAA